UACGUGGCGGACAGAACGGCUUGGCUUCCUAAAUAAGUACCCAAUUUAGUGUUAUAGAUUCACAAAGAUCCGUCUUUUCCUAACCCGGUGAGGCGGAAGUGAGGUUUGGAGCGACAGAGUGUUAUCCGAUGUGAAGAUUGAAGACGUGAUAGAAGAUGGACGACUCAUGCUAUGCUAAGAUGGCGACGUUCGGUAAAAGAGAACAUGAAAGAGAAUCAGCGCCACCAACUUCCAGCAAAUCACCAACGGAGGGAAAGACCAAAACUGCAGAUAAAGGUGACCGCGUGGAAGUUUCCAACAACGUCAGUCUGGAGGCUGAUGAGAAACUAGCCGACGAAGACUUCAAACAAAGAGCCGCCAUGAUUGUUAGCUUGAAGAAGGCAGUGGAGUUCACAUCAGAGGAGAUGAAAGAAUGCAAAAGUCAAAUGAAGAAAGUGGAAGAGCAAAACAAGCGCUUGUGUAAAGAAAAGAAUGAUGUGAAAGAAGAGAUGUUGGGGAAGAGUAAGAGAUGUGAAGAGAAGACUGGACCACAUGUCUACAUCAACGUGCAGAGGAUUGGAGACGUCCAGCAGCUGACUGGUCAUCCAGAAGAACUUCCUCCUCAGCCGCAGGGUGAGAGCUCCACUUUGAAGCAAGAGCGUCCAUGGCCCCCCCACAUUAAAGAGGAAGAGAAGGAACUCUGCAUAACGCAGGAGGCUGAUCCCACCAAGUUGCCACCGACUGUUGUCUCUGUGAAGACUGAAGAUGAUGAAGAGAAACCACAACAAGACCACCUCUUAGCUCCACUAUCAGAUAGUGAGGCUGAAGACGAGGUUGAAGUAACUUUGAGCAGCGAUACAGACUGUGAAGAUGAUAUGAGGACUCACACUGACAACAAACACUCUGGGUGCUCAAAAAAGAAAAAGAGGGAUAAAAAUGGUUUGAUUUUCUCGGCUUGUGGCUCCACUCAUGAGAGCAAUUUGACUGGACAGAUGAGAACACACACAGAGGAGAAAUCAUAUACUUGUUCAGUUUGCGGUAAAAUAUGCUCAUGUAAGACAAGUUUGACAAGACACAUGAGAACACACACAGGAAAGAAGCGUUUUAAAUGCCCAUUUUGCAGUAAAAGAUUUUUACGUCGGAAUCAUUUGCCAAGACACAUGAGAACACACACAGGAGAGAAACCUUUUAAUUGCUCAGAUUGCAGUAAAAGAUUUUCCACGAGGUCCAGAUUGACUGAACACAUGAGAAUACACACAGGAGAAAAACCAUUCAAUUGUUCAGAAUGUGGUAAAAUGUUUUCUCACAAGGGCACUUGGACAAGCCACAUGGCAAGACACACAGGAGAGAAACCACUUAAUUGUUCAGAAUGUGGUCAAAUGUUUUAUUGUAAGUACACUUUGGCAAAACACAUGGUAACGCACACAUCAGAAAAACUGUUUAAUUGCUCAGUUUGCUGCAAAACAUUUGCUUCUAAUGCCUAUUUGGUAACACACAUGAGAAGACACACAGAAGGGAAACAAUGUGUGUGUUCAGUUUGCGAAAAAAGGUUUUAUCGAAAUGGCGAUUUGGUACAACAUAUGAAAACACACACGGGAGAGAAACCAUUUAAAUGUUCAGUUUGUGGCAGAGGUUUUGCCUAUAAGUACGCUUUGCCAAGACACAUGAGAUCACACACUGGAGAGAAACCUUUUAGUUGUUCAGUCUGUUAUAGAAGCUUUUCUUCUAUGAUAGCUUUAAAACAACACACAAUGAAACACACUGGAGAUUAAAACAUUUGUUCAAUAUGUGGUAUAAGACGCCCAAGAACUACACUUAUGUUAAAGUAACAGUGGAUUGUCCUCUAUGUUGGAGCUAUUAUCUUAUAGCUCCGAUUUACAACUUUGUAAGACAUACAAAGUUUGUGAGUAAAUAGGUAUGAACAAAAUAGUAUCAAUCUCACUGAGAUUCCUGAGCCAUUUUGAGAGAUAAUGAGCUAGCCAGUCACGUGAUCCAUGAUGUAGCGGUGGGAACCGUAGGUCCUCCCCCCAUUAACAACAAUGCAGACUUUGUGAGAGCCAACAAUUACUUUGGGACAAAUGGUGAUCCAGAACCUUAUAUUUUUGAAUAUGUGACUUCGGAGGCUUUGUGCUUAACAGAUCCAGCUUUAGUGAAACGCUAAACAUGGUGUAGCAAUAUCGCUAAGUGCUAAAGAAGAAAUACAAACUAAUAUGAUAAAAUGAUAGCAUACUGUACAAUGUCUGCUCUCACUGUGAUGACGACUGAUAGGAUGUCCACAUCUGCAGCCUUGACGCUGUGAACAGGAACAGGCUGUUCUGAAAACACCCCCGAGGACGCCUCAAUGAUGGACGCUUUUGACCUCAACGACACCUGGAGUCGAACUUUUGCUUGCAUGCAGAUCGGCCUCAGUCUAUGAACAUUACAUCAUCACGCCCGAGACAAUUGGGCACAUACACACACACACACCCUUCCCCCACCCCACGCCUUCACGACCGCUUGUUUCCCCUCGGGGUGAUGGACGGCUGGCAGCGCUUCAUAGCAGCAGUCGACCUCCAGGGCCCCAACCUUCUUCCCGCCCCUCUGUUGCGAGUUGUCGUGAUUAAAUGUAACGUGUUUAUGUGUGUAUUGCAUGGAGGUUUUUUUCCCACUCCAGACUAGGCCCCCUUAGGAGCCCAGUCUAGAUUGUAUUUUUUCGCAGAGUUUUACCUUUUUUUUAUAAUCUUUUACAGGGCGCCUUUGGCGACCCAUCAGCGUUCCUGUUCUGUAACCCUGUACACUGUUUGUUUGUCUCAUCUUGAACGGGUUUGUGCUGAAAACAUAGUUUUGUUGUACUUGUGCAAUGACAAUAAAGUCAGUAUCCUAUCCAGAGGUUAA